AUGAGGUCGACCAAAGCUUUGGUGGUACUGUGUAUUGUUCUGAUGACGGGACAGGCCUACAUUCAGAACCUGAAUCCCUACGCAAAAAUGAACUAUUUCUGGGCGAAGAGCGUUGGAUUGGAAAAACGGGAGGAAAGGAAUGGUGAGUAAUAUAAAACCUAGUCCUGUGUAGUAGAUGCAGAAAGGAACAGCUCUAGACAUGGUCUACUAGUGUUUCCAGAAAAUGCAUCGACUUUUUCGCCUCAUUCUCCGAUAAUUCCGCCUUUCCCUGAAUUUUGUGAAAACGUAGUAUCACGUCAAAGCAUCACCCAUUAAACCUUUAUUACGUUUUGUAAUCUACAGUAACCGCUCUAAAAAGCUUUAUUUUCGCGUGUUUUUCCCUACAAUCUUAUAAUCAAAUAUUGACGUUAUACUCACCUCACGUGAACUACCGUACUCUUCGACCUAUUACAUAAUCCCCAACAAUAAAGAGACGCCGGACGUGGGGGUUGCCCAAAGGAAAUCAUUUUUCUAACGGUUUUUUGCAAGACGUAUUAGGAAAUUAACCGGAUUUAGAGAAUCCCGUGAAUUCUCAGAAAUCUCGCAGCGUCCCCCGACAUGAAGCCAUAGUUAAUUGAUUACAGUCAAGUGUCAAUAUGACGAAUUGUCGGUGAUAUACGUCAUUGAUUGCAAUUUUAGUUUAGAAAACCUUUUUUUUAAAUGUUUUACACUUUAACGAUUUUGAGUGCUAUUGUAAGCUGCAGUUGCGUGUAAAUGCAUCCGGAAAUUGGGUUCAAAAAAGUCGUAAAAGUUUACGUCAAGUGUAAAUAAUGUUCUUAAAGCCUGAUAUACGUUACAACCGGUCGACAUAAAAGAUUCUGCAUUACAGUUCGCGACAUUGAGGGUAUCGAAAUGACAGAUGCAGCACCCCGACAUAUCACUCGAUUCGUCUAUUUCCCAUCGGCAUUACCAUUUGCAAGGCCCAUGAAAUUCCCGCUGGACAAUUAA